AGACAACCUGCAGAAGAGAUAUGAGGAUCCUCUGACAUCCAGCAGGUUUAAGGUGUUAGCUCCACAAGCAUCUCACUAUGGCUUCAUUUGUUGCACUGUUAUUGGGAUUACCGGUUGCACUGACAUGCGCGCCACAAAAAGCAGACUAUGUUGUAGUUUCCUGUUUUCCUAACGCCAUCAUCGCAAACGUCCCAGAGUGUCCUUAUGGCUGGGAGAUAGAUCAGCUGUCUCUGGGUGGAAUGUGUUACACUGGAAUACACAGCCCAGGCUACUACCGCUUCAUUAUCCCAGACCUAACACCAAGAAACCAUUCAUACUGUGGCACACAGUCGGAGUACAUGCCAGGCAAAGACGCCAAGUACAUCUUCUACAACUCCAUUGUGUCCAAUGAUACUUCGCUGACGGUCAGAAACCAGCCGGUCAACUACACCUUCAGCUGUGUGUACCGAGCAGCCUACCUGGUAAAUAACGCAGUCUUCAGCCAGAGCGUUUUUACUAAACCCUCUGCUUUUUCCAGAGUCGCUACAGUGUACGUCAACAAUGGGAGUUUAGGGACUUUUAGAUCACAGUUAUCUAUGAAUGUGUUCACGAACUCUAAGUUCCUGUAUGCUAAGGACGCUCCCUAUGUGAUUGACACCUCUGAGAUUGGCUCUGAAGUUUUUAUCGGUAUUGAGGCAAAAGGUCUAAGUAAUAGAUUCAAAGUUGUUAUCAACAACUGCUGGUCGACUCCAACUCCUUACUCAACAGACAAGAAGAGGUGGAGUCUUAUUAUCAACAGCUGUCCAGCUGACUACACGGUGACCAUUUUCGAUAAUGGCAAAGACAGCCGCUCCACAUUUAAGUUCAACUCUUUCCGCUUCCAGCGACUAGAAAAGGUGUCCACUGUAUGGCUUCACUGUGAGGUCCACAUCUGUGAUGCAGAGAGGCUGGUCUGCCAGCCUAGUCCAUGCUCUAAGAGGUCCCUGUCAUCAGAAGUAGAACCGAGUGGAGGGAUCCUCACCACUGAGUUUCAGAUUAAAGGCAAUGAGUCUUCUAAUAAUGGACAUGCAACAGCUCAAGUCACAGCUCAACUCAAGUCUUUUACAGCCUCUAACAGAUUUUCUCCCAGUUCUACUCUAUCCAUCUUCCUAUCAACUCUGACAAGUUUCCCUGUCCCUUCUGAAAAAAAAAAGUAUCUCCACAACAUGAUGCUGUCAUCAACUUUCAUCAAGAGUGUGGUUGGUGUUCAGGGUGAUGUACAGUGUUUCCAGUUGUGCUAUUCUUUCAAAUUUCAUGAGACACUCAAAGCUUAGGCCAUUGUUUUUUUUUUUUACCUAAUCCUGUGGUAAUCUCCACAAUGUUAUCCUUUUUUACUGUGUGCUUUGGUCUUUAUCAUGCUGAUUAUUCACAAAUGUUCUUUACCAAAUGUUUGUGGCCUUCAUUGCAACUGGACUUAUACUAAGAUUAAAUUACCCACAGGUGGCCUUAUUUACUAAAACUAAAACAGUAACUUCUCAAGGGAACUGCAGGGUAUAUAUAAGGGUAUCAAAGUAAAGUGAGCUGAAUACAAACACAUGACAUAUCAUAUUUUUAUUUGUGAAAAAAAUUAAUAAAAACCAUGUAUCAUGUCUUUCCACUUCACAAGUGUCUUUGGUAUAGUCUGUGAUAUGACAACAUGUAGAAGAGGUCAAGGGGUGUGAAAACGUUUGCACAGCACCAUAGACAUACCAUCAUAUAAUAACAAGGAGACAAUUUAUUAAAUGUAAAUUACCGGAGAAAAAUAUUUCAAAGCUUUAAUUUAUCUAAACUAUUUUCAAAAACAGUCCCUUGGAUCUUAUAAUCCACAUGAGUGUGCAUGAGUUCAACCUACCUCCAUUUGCACCUUAAGGCUGUCACCUUGCAAUAAACUUUGGGAAUUGAAAGUAGGAUUAAAUCCAGUUUUGCUCAAAAGCCAGUAGGUCUUCUGGACUCCCUUACCCUGACAGAAAAAUUUAUUCUGGUCACAAUAAACAAUAAACAAAGACUGUACAUCUUUAAAAAACAAAAGAGGUUGACAAGUUACCUUCAUUUCGACAUCCCCUCUUUCUUUCAUCUCAAAUGAUCCAUCUUGAAAAAGAAUGUCUGCUGUAGACUGAGAUAUGUGAAUCCUUAGUGCUGUAUACAAUAAAAAUAAGGGUUUGUGUUACAAUACAUCUGUAUGUCAUCAAAUUAGAAUUUAUAAAUCAUUAAAAAAUAAGUUUUUUGUAACAUUAAACGUCCUCUACUGUCAUCACAUUUUUUGAAUAUAUCAUAAAAAUAAUUGUCUGGUAAUAGAG